CGUAGCCACCCCGAAAAUUAUGAAGCCAAAGUAUACUUGGCAGAGAUUCUCCAUAGGAAAGAUAAUGAAAGGGCGCGGCAUCUUGCCAACGAUGUGGUGCAGAACAGUCUCAACCCAGAACUCCUGAGAAUUGCCGCCAAGGUUCAUAAGUUCCACUUUCUCUCCGAGGCCAUUUCCACCCUCAAGAAGGCCAUUUCCCUCUGCGGUGAUUACUAUCUCCUGUACUACGACCUAGGCAUCUGUUACAUGGAUCUCUUAGAUCGAGGAUUCAAGGGGAACCGAGAGGAGAUCGUGGAGGAGGCCAUUGGGUGCAUGAAACGGGCUCUGGAAGCCAAUCCUGAAUCUAUGUUUUCCCAGCUGAAGCUGGCGAAGUUGUACGGAGAACGGUGCCAGCUUUAUGAGGAGGAGGUGUACCUGGGCGUGAUGGAGGCCCUGCCAACCGCCAGCAAGAGGUGCCAGCAGUCUUUCUAUAUUCAUUGGGGGGAUUUCCUCAUCCGGAAGAAGGGCCAGAGGCAGGCAGCGUUGCGGGCGUACGAGGCCUGCUUGGAGGUGCCCGGGGACCACCCUCUGGAGCGGAAGCAGUUGGAGCAGCGUCUGAAAGAGCUGGCCAGGGUCUUCCAUUUUGAAGGCGAGACGGAACAAGAGAGAGUUGUCCGCCGUCUGCUGCAUGAAAUGGAAGCAAAGCAUCAGGGGGUGCCAUCUGCAGGCAUUGCCUCAGCCUCACGCAACCAUCCCUAGGAGCCAGCUGGGGCCAUCGGGGUGCCGCAGACCCAAAUGGCUGGUGGUCCCUCUCAGCCCUGAGCUGCUCCUUCCUGGGGUGUUGCUGGAAAGGAAAAUAGCGUUUGUUAAAACCUCUUCUUCAUUUUCUUCCUUCCCCUCUUUAGUGCCUGAUUACUCCAGGGUGCACUCUGAACAAUUCUACAACUCUGCUGUUUGCAGAUAAAAACCUGGUUGCAACGUACAAGAUUGUGCCAGGUUCUAUGCAUGGGCACUUAAAAAAAAUCCACCCGAGCGUGACUCAUGCCACAAAGUAGAAUUCAGAACGAUCUAGUUAAGAGGUUUCCAAAAUGGAUAACUUUAAGACUUGUGGACUUCAACUCCCAGAAUUCCUCAGCUCUGCUACCUGAAUUCUGGGAGUUGAAGUCCACAAGUCUUAAAAGUUGCCAAGGUUGGAGCCCCUUGAUAUAUAGUUCCUCGAACUGAAGUGCUCUGUGUUGGGAUGGAUUCCAUGUGCCAUCCGCUAACCGUUUCCCCUACCGCCAUCUAAUGCUCCUACCCCUCCUCUUCCCUUUUGUCUUUUGCUGUUGCCAUAUAGACAUAUCCUUUGAUCACUUUUAGCUUUCCAAAAUUGUUAUUUUCUUGAGUGAGUUGUAUUUUUAAUGGCCUCACUGUCUUUAUGGGGUUCUUUGACCAUAAUAAAGACUGGAUUACUGUUAAGGCACUGAAUAAUACCUUGAGAU